AUGGAGCAAACUGUUUCAAAUGUGGAAGUCUGUAAUUUAGCCUUCACUGGUGAAUUUGACAAAUUAAAGAAAAGCAUUUUAACGGAUAAAUCGCUCGCUUGCAAAACGGACCAGGUAAAUGAUCAUCACUUGAAAUUAAUUACCAGCUAGCUAGCUGCUUCAGGCAGCAGUCAGUUAGCUAGUGAGCUAACUAGCUACAUUUGCUGAUACAUCCACAUGUCCCCUUCCAUAUUCCUCCGGUCUCCUGUGCUUUUCCCCUCUCCCAGGACCAAAGGACUGCGCUCCACUGGGCCUGCUCGGCUGGACACGUCAAGAUCGUUGAGUUUCUGCUGGAUCUGGGGGUAGAAGUCAACCUACAAGAUGAUGUAAAUAUUGCAAAGUCAUUGUCUGCAGCAUUGGACAAUUAUAUUGACUUGUUGCGUUGCAAUAAUUUGAUAUUGUAAGUACUGUAGAUGCUUGAUCUGUUGAAUGUCACCAUAGUGUAGUAGCACAGAUGACUAGGGGAGUUGGUUAUAAGUAUCUUUGGUAGUAGUUUCCCCUACAUGCAAGUCUAUUCUGUCGGUUACUGGCACAACGCUCUUAACCACUAAGCUACCUGCCGCCUAUCACUACAUGACUAUCCUAGAAGAAGAAGAAGUUACUGUGUCUGGGCGGCAGGUAGCUUAGUGGUUAAGAGCGUUGUGCCAGUAAUCGAAAGGUCGCUGGUUCUAAAUCCCCGAGCCGACUAGGUGAAAAAUCUGUCGAUGUGUCCUUGAGCAAGGCACUUAACCCUAAUUGCUCCUGUAAGUCGCUCUGGAUAAGAGCGUCUGCUAAAUGACUAAAAUGUAAAUGUCAAAUGUGUCCAUCUGAGAGUGAUGUCUCAUCUCUUGUCCCCAGGCCAGUUGGACUCCCCUCCACAUCGCAGCAUCUGCAGGCAGAGAGGAGAUAGUGAAGUCACUAAUAAACAAAGGAGCCCAGCUGAACUCAGUCAACCAGAACGGCUGCACCCCUCUGCACUACGCUGCCUCCAAGGACAGAUAUGAGGUACACCAACACUGGGUCCACAAUGUCAGACGGAUACUGUUCUGAAGCGAUCUGAUUUACUCAAUACCAAGUGGGUUAGUUAGUUGGCACAGUGACUAUUAGCUCCGUUUUGGGAUUGAGUGUUGCUAGUUCAAUCCCUGCCAGAACCAAGUAUGUUCCCCUGGCUUUGCUACAGUAGUUCUGCAGCUAUUAAAGCAGAAAAUAAGAACUGUAUAACAUGUUAUGUUGGUUGGUAAUGCAAAUGGUUGGUCUUCUUCACAGAUCGCCCUCCUGUUGUUGGAGAGUGGAGCGGACCCUAAUGUCACAGAUAAGCUGGCGUCUACUCCCCUACACAGAGCCUCAACCAAGGGCAACUGCCGUCUGAUCCAGCUGCUGCUCAAACAGAGCGCUUCUACCAACAUACAGGACUCUGAGGGAAACACUGCACUGUAAGCAUUGGGGUGUGUGUUAUAGAUGCUGUGUAUUUUACACCGUGCUUAAUCUUUGUGUGUGUUUGUUGACGCUGUUUUCUACACUUUUUACACCAUGCUAUAUAUUUGUGUGUCUCCCCCAGCCACCUGGCGUGUGACGAGGAGCGUGUGGAGGCAGCUAAACUCCUGGUGGAGAACGGAGCCAGCAUCUACAUAGAGAACAAGGAGGAGAAGACACCAUUACAGAUCUCUAAAGGAGGUCUGGCCACACUGCUGCGGAGGAUC